UUGUCUAACAAUCCAACUCUUCAGAAAUUAAAUUCCAUUUCUCCCCUUCCUCUCCAACAAAUGGGAAAAGAAAAAACAGUAUCAAAAUCAAGAACAAUGGCUCCAAGAAUGGUAGCAGCCAGUUUUCGUAGAUCACUUUCUUUUCCAAAUCACCCAAACCAUUCAACCAAACCAAAGAAAACCUUCCAUGUUCGAUCCACUAGUCUUCCAUGUCGAUCACAUCCAUUAAUUUCUCAGCUCAAAGAUGAUCUAAAUGGGCUCAAAUCAUGGUCAUUUGACCCCCAAAAUCGAACUUGCCCAUGGCUUUGUGAUGGGUUGAAUCAGUUGAAGAUUGUUCAUGAGUCUCUUGAUGAUUUGCUUCAGCUUCCACAAACACGUGAAUCUUUAAAUGGUCAUUCUGAUUUGGUCGAGAAGCUUCUAGAUGAUUUUCUUCACUUUGUUGAUGUUUAUGGAAUCUUUCAGACGUUGAUACUUACUUUCAAGGAAGAACAUUUAGCUGCUCAGGUAGCUGUGAGGCGCAAAGAUGAAUCCAAGAUUGCUUCAUACGCGAAAGCGUUGAGAAAAAUGGCUAAAGAAAUGGAUAAACUAACGUGCAACGUACAAUGUAUAGGAAAAUACAUCGUACCCCAACAAACUAUACCAGUACCUGAUGGAGAUGCAGAGUUAGCAGAAGUCAUGAAAGACAUCAUAGAAGUAACACAAUUAGUUUCUACUGCACUUUUUAAUGGACUAGCAGUAUCAAUGGCAUUUCCAAAACCAUCUUGUUCAUGGAUUGGAUUAGGAAAGAAGACAAAAAAAUUGAAGGAAGAUGAAGGAAUUUUGGAAUUUGUUGAAAUGGGGUUGGAGAAUUUUUUGAGAAAAAAUAAAGGUGAUGAAGAGGUGAAAAUUGUGUCUAAAAAAAUGUAUGAAUUGGAAGAUUGUAUUUGUGGAAUUGAAAAUUGUGGAGAGAAAGUGUUUAGGAGUUUGAUUAAUGCUAGAGUUUCAUUGCUAAAUGUAUUCACACAAUAAAAAAAGGAAAAAAAGGGACAAGGGAAAACGGAAAUUGAAGUGAUGCAUAGAUGUAUAUUUUGCUUCUUCUUUUUUUUUUUUAAGAAAAAAAAUUACUAUUGUCUUUGAUUAAUUUGUUGGUGUUAUGAAGUUGAUUUGUUUAAUGAGGAAAAAAAAGUUUACUGUUGAAUAGAGAAUAUUAUUGAGUGUAUUAUGUAUAGUGUGUGAAUUAAAUCUUCACUUGUGUGAGUAUAUAUAUUUUAUAUGUUAUUGUUAUUA